UACUAUUAGUGAUACUAGUAUUACUAUAAAAUACUAUAUUCUUUAUUUUACUAUUUACCCACACUUCAAAAUUCUCUCUCCUGCAUCCCUCUCUCCCUCUUUUCUCUCAUUCUGUCUAACUCUGCACUUACUCGCUCACUCGCUUUUCGACGCUUCUAACGACAUCUAGACGAGAGUUGAGUAUAGUCAUAAAAGUGUGGGCCAAGCAACUUUGAUAGACGUAGCUAGUUUACCACAUUUUCAGCCGUCUCGAGUUAGAGGCCAGAAGAAGAACAAUAGAGAAAGAGAGAAAUACUGGAGAAAAGAAGAGAAGAAGACAUUAAAUAAAUUCUUCCUUACGAUUAUUAAAAGAUAAAUUUACUUUUGAGUUUUUGUUUCGUUUUCGAAAAGAGAAAGAAAGAAGAAAAGAAGAGAAACACAGAAGGAAUAACACUUUUAAAACUUUUUUCCUCACGAAAAAGCAGAAGAGAAGGAAAGGAGAAAGAUUACGAAAUUAUUAGAGAAAAGGUUUGUAAGUAAAAUUGUUAAUAAUUGAGAAAAAGGAAUGGAUAAAUGAUUAGAGAAAUGCACGUUAUGCAUAUCAUAGCACAUAUCAAUGUGUCUGUAUAGGCUAUCUAUCUAUCUUCGAUCGUUUCUUAUAGGCGAAUGACAAAUUGGGUAUUUAUUAGAAGAGAACAAAAAGCAAUUACUGCACUGUAUACACACUAAAUAAAAAGCGUCUAUAGGAAAUUCUCUUACGUUAUAUUCUAUUUGAAUCAAUCGCCUUUAAACUUCUUUAUAUUUUCUUCUAAUGAAUUUACGCUUGCACUCAAAAUUCAUUAGCAUACAAAAAUAAUUCGAUAGGCCUAAAGAGGAAAUAAUGGCCUGUCUUGUUCAAUUUGGUUCCGAUUGAUGGAGUUGCAAUAAAUUUCUAUAUCAUUUAUAUAUGAGAGAAGCAGGUGAGGUCUUUUUCAGGUUAUUUUAGCAAUUGUUGGAAGUAAGUAGAAUAUUUUUAUUACAAAUAUAUAAAUAAUACGGAACAGAUGCCACAUAUUCCAACAUUACACGUUGCUUUUAAAAUGUUUGUAAACAAUUGUGAAUGUGGACGUAAAUGAUCAACUUGUUAAUUGAAAAUAAAGGGUAUAUACUCUUGGCUGGAAGAUGAACGGAAGUAUCUUAGUGUAACAUUAAAGCUAAUUACCGGUAUUUUUCAUCAACAUUACCACUUGUAUAAGUAACAAACUAAAUAUUAUUUCUAAGAGUCUUUCACUGGAAAUUGAGCUUGUCAAUUUGAUUAAAUUACAAUCAUUAGUUGACUUUAAUUUAUUCAAUUUUUUAAGCAAAUUAAAACUCAUAUUCAAAUAUUUUACGCUCUUUUAACUACUCUCUUGUUUAUCGUAUCCAUUCUAUCAACUUAUUGGCAAUUAUCUGGGGUAAACUUAUUCGGAAACUUGCUGAUAAUGAAAUCAAAUACAUUCAGGUGGGGUAAGAGAGGAAGCAGGAAACGCGGAGCAAUCUCUGCUCUAAAUAUAAUUCUCUAUUAUAAUGGAAAGCCGUAUAAACACAACCCGGGACGACUGGGAUAAGCGUUUGUCAAGGGAACUUUGGAAAUAUUUGGCACCAAUUAUCUUCUUCACAGGCAUAUAGAUGAAAGAAUUCUUAAGGAGUACGCUGUAAUAAUUAGGUCAUACGAAAAUAAACAAUAAAUAACAAAUUGAUAAAAGACGAGAAAAAAUUAAAAUUUAUUCAAAUUGAAAAGGGUGUUGAAUCUAGGAAGAGUUAGAGAGUGAAAGAGCAUCUUUUGAGAGUAAUUUCUAUCUUAUACCUUUGAGAAUAUUGAGAUAAGAAGUUGAUUGAAAAAGAUAAACAUUAAAAAGAUUACUUUUCUUUAUUUUUCUUUCUCUUUCUUCGUUUUUAAAAAAGAUAUCUUCAAUUAAAGUGUGGUGUAAAUAUUAAAUAAUUAAGGACAGAAUAGGCGUUAAUUAUAAAUACUGUAUUGUUUUCCUUUUGUCUAGUUUAGAUAGUAGUUUAAUGUUAUUCUUUAGCACAAUAACCAUAGUUAUUAUCUUAUUUAAACAACUUAAGAAUAGCAUCGAAUUCUUUAGGCUUCUCAACUUUUUAUCUCUAGUUUUUUACAUAUAUCUCUAUAUAAUUAUCACACCAUUCCUUCUACGCUUUUCAAUUAUCAUUUCUAAAUUAAUUAUUUAGUUUCUAUUGAGAAGAAAAUACUCAAAAACAGGUUUUGUCUACAAACUUUGUCAGCUUAAGUUGAAUGCAUCCAUUAGAAUUUCAAUUAUUAUACAGGUUAUUCAGUGCAUUUAUUCCAUGUAAUUUCUAUUUUGGAGCUACUUGGAAAGAGGGGAGAAAAGAGUAAAAAGAACAAGAAAAAUAUACUUGAUGUAAACAUUAAAUAGGUCGAACAAAUGAUAAGCUCUAAAGGUUAAAAAACAAUUUUUCUAUAGAUUCUAAAUAAUCCUUCACAUAUCUAAAUUAAGCUGAAAGCACAGACUGUUUUACAAUUAGAGCGUAAUAAUAAUUAUUAACAUAUUUACAAUAUUGAAAUUACCUCUACAUAAACUUUCAUUCUAUAGUCUUUCAUAUUUCGUAUUAAUGAUAUUUUCCUAUUCAAUUAUACAUGCAACAACUACGUACAAAUCGGGCGUAGGAGGAUAAUUUUUAUACGAAAUUAUCAACAUUUUCAAUCUCCUCCUUUUCUAUCUAUUAACAAUAUGUUCAUUGGUAUUUCUUAUUAGAAAAACGUAGAAAAUUUCUUGAACUAAGCAAAUUCUUUUUUAGAAUGUUUUCAUUAUUUUUCCCUAUACGAUUUCCUCCUUUUCUUAUUUACUUCAAAGUAUUAGGGGAAUAAACAGGUUACUUAAAGAAAUUUCUCUAUUUCUCUUUUUCAUUCUAUCCCAUUUCCCUUCUCUUUUCAUUCUCAUUUCAAUUUUAUUCAAUUAUUUAUUAGAAAAUGCCAUCUUUUCUAAUUCUUCGAACCCCCCCCCACGUCUUUCCCCUUUCUCCACCAUUCUGUCCUCUCCCCUCUUUUUGUUUCAGUCUUUCUUUCUUUACUGUCCUGUAUCUCAUAUCUUAACAUUUUUCUUUAAUUCCCUCACCCUCCUACAACAUUCUUCCUUUACACAAGCUAUAAAAAAUAUCUUUACAAAUUACACUUCCUUAUUCCAAGACAGCUUUAAAAUAGAUAUAUAGUUAUUGUAGGCGAAAUUGUAUAAAUUAUUUAAUGAGAUGAAACAAUAGAAAGUAUCUUUAAAAAUUCGUUCAUCAAGGCCUAAUCGGCAAUACUAUUAUACUACUGGUAAUGAGAAGGAAAAGAAUGGGUCAAACUUCUACAAGUUUAUACCUACGUUUUAUUGCGACAGCCGAUCUUUUGGUACUGUUUUUUGGUAUUGUACCAGAAUGGUUGGAAGCGUGUGCAAUUGUUAGUUUCAAAAAUCUACACUCCGUAACCUGCAAACUUGAAAAAUUUUGCCAUUAUAGCGUAAAUGAUACAGCAACAUGGUUUCUAGUCGCAUUUACAAUAGACAGGCCAGAGACGGAACCAGUUCCUUGCUGUUCGUUUUCCUUUCGACAAAUCUACAUUCGGCAGCGCCAGAAGAAUUAAGACUGUAUGCAUGAGUGUGUUAAUAAUUUCACUUUUGAAAAAUGUUGAAGUUUUUUGGACAAGGGGUCUACAAAUUGACUGGGACGAGAAAUCUAACAAGACAAUCAUCAAAACUUGCGGUAAUCCUACUCCGAGAAUUUCGGAAUAUAACAAAAAAGUUCGACCCUACUUUGUAUUUGUCGUCGCUGUCAUCCUACCACUUCUUAUCAUUGCUACGUGUAAUUUGUUAAUCGUUUGGACGCUAAAAACUGUCAAGCAUAAGGCUCCCGCGCAACAGUCCAUAAGUAAUCAUAGGACCCGCAUCAUGACACAAAUGACUCUUAUGUGUAUUAGCGUCUCUGUAGCAUUCAUAAUAUGCAUGACUCCUACUUUUAUCAUGUAUAUUGGAAAGCAGUAUUGGCUAAAGGACAAGGGAUAUGAGAUAGCCAAAGCCGUUUCUAAUCAGAUACUCUACAUAAACAAUUCUAUAAAUUUCUUUCUCUACCUCGCCUCUGGAACAAAAUUUCGACGAGAGGCUCUUAUCCUGUUUGGUCGACGCCGGCCAAUAGAAACCUUUAGAUAUCCUAUGAACACUCAGCAAUUUACAUAUGCUCCCUUCAGGCAAACUCUCGUUAUGUCGGCAACUUGUCGAUUCGAUUAGAAAUUGAACAAAAAAAGUAAAAGAAUAUGAAAAACAACGACGAAUUGUAUUAAACAGUCUGAGGAAAUUUUCUAGUUUUUUCGUUCUUUCUUAAAAAACAGACGAAAGAAGCUGAAACGCCAGGAAUUUAAUUUAUUUAUUUUAUUCAUCUUUUCCUCUCUUAAUUGACUUUUUUUUGUUUAUAAAGAGAAAAAAAGGGGAAAUGUUAUUCUUUUUUAUAUAGAAAAUUAUACACACAAAGAAAAAACACAGAGAAACUUUCACUUAAAUGCAAAAUUGCAGAACAAUGUUCGAUUAAAAACAAAAAAAAAAGUUGAUUUCAUUCGGCCAUUAGUCAACUAUUGUGUAAAUUACUACUCUCACAGGGAUGCUAAUGUGUAUUAUGACUUUAAUGAUGCUUAUAGCAUUGAUUUUUUUCUACUCAAAAACAAAUACUUUCGCUCUAAUUCGUAUAAAGAACAGUUCUAUUUUUUGACAUUUCAUCCACUCAGAGGAAUAGUUCAAAUUUAUCUUGUGAAAACUUUUACAACGCCAUCGUCAUCAUCAGCAACAACGUCGCUCUUCUUCCUCUUCUCCUCCUUCUUCUUCCUCUUCUUCUCCUACUUCUCCUUCUUCUUCGCCUUCUUCAAUUUCUCCUACUACUACUUCUUCUCCCUCUACUACAGUUUACUUCAACUUUGUUAACUUUAAAGCUCAUAUCUAGUCAAGAUUGAGGAAAUAACUUUUAAGAAAUUACUUUCAAUUAUAUAAAACCAUUGCAAGUCUUUAUUCUACAGCUUAUGGGCCAUCUACGGACUUAUCUUUAACAAUUAAAAACAGGAUGCUCACGCCAUCUUUCUGGAAGAUUGAUCCACAAACUAUUCUUGCUAUAAAAUAAUAUUUAGGAAGUAAUAUAUUUUUUUUAGGAGAUUUAAAUGCAAAUAAUUCAAUUAUUUAUAAAAAAAAAGAAAAUAAGAAAAUAACCUACUUAAAUAUUAUUAAUGUUUAUAGUUUUAGAUUGAAUAUGAAUUUGAAAUAUA